AUGUUCUACCCCAACAGCCCGCAGACCUCGCCACAGCUGACGCAAAUUCCAUACGGGCAGCAAUAUGCCAUGAUGCAACGGCAGAUUCAACAGCCGUAUCAUCCCUUUGCUACUACGGAGCCUCAAGCUCGAUUAUAUCCGUAUCAUUACCAGGGCCCCAUUCAACAGGAACAGGGCGGUUUCAUCACUCAACAAUCCACAGCUGCCAGUCCGCAAUAUGUUCAAAUGCGUGUAACACCUGUGGAUCAAAGUAUUAUGAGCGGCUACCCCAAUCAAACGGCAAAUGGUUCCUCCUCUUCUUCCUUCAAUUAUAAUAUUCAUCCGCAACAACAACAACAACAACAGCAGCAGCAGCAGUUGAGACAUCAUGCCAUGCCCGUUGGAAGUGUGCCUCUGCAAGAUGAUCGUUAUCGCAAGCAAUUAAUUGUAAAUUAUCUCGCCCCUGAUGUGACAAGUACGGACCUUCAUGAACUUUUCUCCCGCUUUGGAGAACUUGAUGGGGCGCGAAUUAUUUACGACAAGCAAACCAAUAUGUCGAAGGGUUAUGGUUUUGUAUAUUUUUGCCAUGCGGAAGAUGCGAAGGAAGCUGUGGAGCGAAUGAGUGGUUACGAAUUCCAUGGCAAAUGGCUUAAAGUUGGUUACUCCACAAAUCCAUUAAAUAUUGUGCCCAGUAACAGUUCCCCAUACGUUCAUGCGGGUUCCCGCGGUGCCGCUGGUUGA